AAUCAGAUUCAUUUUAUUUGUGGUACAGGACAAAGAUGGAUCACCUUGCGAUGUUUUUUCUAAUAAUAUCUUUGCUGUCCGCAGUAUAUUAUUCCACCGCUGCCAAACACUCUGAAUGCGGUCCAGCGGGUCGCUGCUACACUGUAAAUACACACUUUGGAAGUUUUAAACAGACAAGAUGUGUUCCUUGCAAACAGCGCCCUAAAAGUCACUAAUUUACUGAAUUUGCAGUGUAUUCAAAUUCUAAAUUGCAAAAAAUAAAAAAUACAAAUAAUAAGUACACCAAAAUGAAGUACAUAAACAAAAUAGAUUUCAUGCAACGA